AUGUGUGAAAAGAAGCUUGGGUUUAUAGAUAAAAGUGUUGCAGAUGAAAUAAGGGAGUUGGUAAGAUAUUCUCUAUACGAAGAUGUAGAGGAGUUUGUAAACCCUUGGGCUGCAAAUGAAGUGCAUGGGAUUUCAAACGACAUAGCUGCAAUCCAAGCAGCUCUAGACGACCAGCAAUAA